UUUUCCAAUUCCAUUCUCCAUGCUUUGAUUGAAUCCAUAAUAAAACUGGUUUCUCCAUUCCCAUCAACCUUUGCUUUCUUUCCUCUAGUUUUCUUCAAAACCCACAAAUUCUCAAACUGCCAAACAAACAAACACACGCAUAUAAACACCAAUUCCCCCCUUCCCUUUGCUUUCCCUCCAUACACUUUCCACAGAGGGAAAAGCAAAUUAAGAAACCAUGGCAGUCUGUACAGUUCACACGGCCCAGUCCCUCAACUCUCCUUCCUCCAUCUCCCACCUCGGCUUCUCCCACCAAAUUAAGCACCAGGUCUUCUUCUACCGGAGGAGCAGCGGUGCCUCCUCGAGAGGCAGCCGCUCCCUCAUGGUCCAGUGCUCGGCCGGGGACACGGUAGUGAUCGGUCUUGCAGCCGACUCGGGAUGCGGGAAGAGCACCUUCAUGAGGCGGCUCACGAGCGUGUUCGGCGGCGCUGCCGAGCCCCCCAAGGGCGGGAACCCCGACUCCAACACCCUCAUCAGCGACACCACCACCGUGAUCUGCCUCGAUGACUACCACUCCCUCGACAGGACCGGGAGGAAGGAGAAAGGGGUCACUGCGCUCGACCCCAGGGCUAACAACUUCGACCUGAUGUACGAGCAGGUUAAGGCUAUCAAGGAAGGGAAGGCCGUGGAUAAGCCCAUCUACAACCACGUCACCGGGCUGCUGGACCCCCCGGAGCUCAUCCAGCCCCCCAAGAUCCUCGUCAUCGAAGGGCUUCACCCAAUGUUUGACCAGCGUGUAAGGGAUCUCUUGGACUUCAGUAUCUACUUGGACAUCAGCAAUGAGGUCAAGUUCGCAUGGAAAAUUCAGAGGGAUAUGGCUGAGAGAGGACACUCCCUUGAAAGCAUCAAGGCUAGCAUUGAAGCCAGAAAGCCCGACUUCGAUGCCUAUAUUGACCCACAGAAGCAGUAUGCAGAUGCAGUGAUAGAAGUGCUGCCAACACAGCUGAUACCGGACGACAAUGAAGGGAAGGUGUUGAGGGUUAGGCUUAUAAUGAAGGAAGGUGUAAAGCACUUCAAGCCCGUUUACCUGUUUGACGAGGGCUCCACCAUCUCAUGGAUCCCCUGUGGUAGGAAGCUCACCUGCUCUUACCCCGGCAUCAAGUUCGCCUAUGGCCCUGAGUCUUACUUCGGUCAUGAGGUCUCUGUGUUGGAGAUGGACGGGCAGUUUGACAGAUUAGACGAGCUCAUCUACGUUGAGAGCCACCUGAGCAACCUCUCCGCAAAAUUUUACGGAGAGGUCACUCAGCAGAUGCUGAAGCAUUCCGAUUUCCCGGGCAGCAACAAUGGCACUGGCCUCUUCCAGACUAUAGUUGGGCUGAAGAUCAGAGACCUCUACGAGCAGAUUGCUGCUGAGAAAUCUUCUGCCCCAUUGGAAGCUACCAAAGCCUGAAGAAACCCCUCAAGACAAACCGUUUUCACUUUUGCAAUAUUUUUUCCACAUCAUGGUCCGAAGUUCUCGCUCUGGUGUGGGGCUGUUCUUCGAUAAGAAUGAGCAACACCCAGAUGUGUAUUUAAUUCUCUGUUGAUUAUUCGAUGAAGAUUUGUAACAUAGAGAACAAUAACAGAAGAUCAAGGUUCAGUGCAGAAAUUGAUCCAAGAUUGUAUUUAGUUGUCACCCUUUGACUUGAUCUUCUUAGGAUGUCA